AUGCGUACCUCCAGCUUGGCUGCGGUCCUCUACGCCGCAACGGCCAGUGCCUUCCAGGGCUUCAACUAUGGCUCUACCUUCACAGACGGCAGCGCAAAGACACAGGCCGACUUCGAGGCCGAAUUCAAGGCUGCUGCUAGUCUCGAGGGCACCAACGGUGCUUUCACCUCAGCCCGUCUCUACACAAUGGUCCAAGGCGGAAGCACCAACGACCCUAUUGCAGCCAUUCCCGCCGCCAUCUCCACAAAGACCAGUCUGCUACUCGGUCUCUGGGCUUCUGCCGGUGACGCAGCUUUUGCAAACGAGCUCGAGGCCCUGAAGAAGACGGUGUCGCAGUACGGCAGUCAGCUCAACGGUCUGGUUGCCGGCAUCUCCAUUGGAAGUGAGGAUCUCUACCGCCAUUCACCAACCGGCAUUGCCAAUGGCGAAUACGCUGGUGCCGAGCCCAACACGCUCGUGGGAUACUUUGAUCAAGUCCGGGAAAUUCUCAAGGGUUCGCCCCUGAGCAGCGCCCCUCUGGGCCACGUCGACACAUGGACUGCCUGGGUUAAUGGCAGCAACAAGGCAGUCAUCGAUGCUUGCGACUGGAUUGGCAUGGACGCCUACCCCUACUUCGAGGACACCAAGCCCAACGCCAUCUCUGACAGUAAGCAGCGAUGGGCCGAGGCUCUGAGCGCGACCCAGGGUGCCGUUGGCGGCAAGCCUGUUUGGAUUGCCGAAACUGGUUGGCCUGUCAGCGGUAAGACCGUCGGUUCUGCUGUCCCUUCCCUCGAGAACGCGAAGACUUUCUGGGACGAGGUUGGCUGCCCCAUGUUUGGAAAGACAAAUGUCUGGUGGUACACUUUCCAGGACUCUUCUCCCACUACUCCCAACCCCAGCUUCGGUGUCAUUGGCUCAACCCUGACCAACAAGCCUUUGUACGACCUGUCUUGUGACAACACCACCUCCAGCUCUUCUACCGCUGCUGGCACUCCGACGGCUACCGCCACUGCCACGGGUACUGACUCCAGUUCUGAUUCUGGUGGAGCUACGACGUUGUCGACUGCUGUGCCCUCCGGUGGCUCCGGCUCCGGUGGAAGCGGCGGUGCGUCGCCGUCUGCCACUCCCGGCUCUAGCCCCGGCUCCGGCUCCGGUUCUGGCUCCGGUUCUGGCUCUGGUUCUGGCUCAGGAUCUGGUUCGGGCUCGGGCUCAGGCUCCGGCGGUAAUGCCACCGUGAGCGUGCCCACGUCUGCUCCUUCUUCGACUACCACCACCGUUCCUGUGAGCAGCGCUGCCGCUACUACCUUCAGCAUCGCUGUACUGGCUGGCAUGCUCGCCUUCGCAAUGCUCUAA